UAUUUACUUCUCUUUCCACAUCCUGUUCAACUCUGUCUGUCUGACUGGAUUUUACUUCCCUUUUUCCACAUUUUUUAAUCCUUUUCUACCUGGUUUUGGUCAUAACUUAAUCUUCAGAAUGUCCUGGGUGAAUAAUCCUGCUGAACUUUAACUGGAAGUUUUAAAAGGAUCCUGAAACACAAAGUGAAACGAUGACUAAGUUUCUGCCUACGAGACGAGACUGGCUGUUACUGGGACUCGAUGGGAUUCUGAUGGUUCUGGUUCAGAAAACACGGCUCCAGAACUCCAGAACUCCAGAACUCCAGGACUCCAGGACUGAAUGUCUGGAAGAUUCCUACUUCUGGUGCUGCUGGUUUUCUGCCUCAACUCAGUGAGCUGCCUGGAGUCAGUUGAAGGUUUUGUUGGAGGAAUCAUCAUACUGCCCUGCAUCUACGACCAGCCCCUACCAGCAGAGGUCAACGCCUUCUGGAGGGACAAAAAUGACUUGUCUGUCCUGGACAUCAAUAAGAGUUCACCAGAUUACAAUUUUCAGGGCGAGACGUACCGAGGUCGAGUGUCCAGCUUCACUGAUAAAUACAAGAACGGGAACUUCUCCAUCCUCAUGACGAACCUGCAGAAGGACGACACGGGCAGAUAUGAGUGUUACGUCAAGACAGUGUCGUACCGUAAGAUAGUCGACCUGACGGUUUCAGAUAAACCUGCAGUAACAAAAACUGAUCGUCCAUCAAGUGGAGCAGCAGGACUGAAGGAACUCCCACUGGUCGUCCUCUCUGCUCUCUGUCUGCUGCUCUGCUGAAGAAAAAGAAGAAGAAGACGUUACUUUGAACUAUCACUGAAGAACCCGGCCUGUUACACUGGGUUCAAUCCAGUUACUUAUAUGGACGUUAAAUCAUGUAACAAAACACAUAAUUCAAUCUGAUUAUUUAGAAACCAAACAUAAUGAUGUAGGAUUUUAUCUGCCGUAAUCAAAAAUAAAUGAAGGAAUAGCUGAUUAUACAGAUAAUGAUCCUUCUGUUUGUUAAUUAAUUUAUCCGUUACUGCUUUUAUUUGGACUUCUCAUUAUAGAUCUAUAUAGAUUAUAUAGAUCACUUUAUUUAUCCAAUGCAAAAGGAGUUUUCCAUAAGACCUCCCUAGGGUGGCGAACCAAAGACUAGAAAUGCAGCUGUAAACACUUUAUUUAUUGUUGCUAUUGUGAUAUCUGUGAUGUUAACGACUGGCCUGCUGCCUUAUGAACUCUUUUAGUUAUUUUGUCUCAACCUAGAGAGAUUCUUUUUUUUACGAUAUUAUGUUCUACAUUUGGCCUAGUGGUUGCAGAGGAGGGCUGGAGUCUGGAGGACCCAAGUUCAUCUGCAUCCGCGCACUGCCGGUGCGUUCUUUCAUUCUGCAUAUUUCCUGCAUGUGAGCAGCAGCAAAUAAAUAAGCCAGCAAGGCUAAAUGUG